AUGUUCGUUAUUAAGAGAGACGGCCGCCAAGAGCCCGUGCAAUUCGAUAAAAUCACCUCCCGUAUCACCCGUUUGUCAUACGGGCUGGAUCCCAACCGUAUCGACGCUGUAAAAGUCACCCAACGUAUCAUCUCCGGUGUGUACUCCGGUGUCACCACCGUCGAACUGGACAACCUGGCUGCCGAGACAUGUGCAUACAUGACCACGGUGCACCCUGAUUACGCCACGUUGGCCGCUAGAAUUGCCAUCUCCAACUUACAUAAGCAGACCACAAAGCAGUUCUCCAAGGUCAUUGAGGACUUGCACGACUGGGUCAACCCUGCCACGGGGAAGCAUGCCCCUAUGAUUUCGGAUGAAGUCUACAAUAUUGUCAUGGAAAACAAAGAUACGCUGAACUCGGCCAUCGUGUACGACAGAGAUUUCAAGUACACCUAUUUUGGGUUUAAGACUCUGGAACGUUCCUACCUGCUAAGACUAGACGGUGAAGUGGCCGAACGUCCCCAACAUUUGGUCAUGCGUGUGGCCCUAGGUAUUCACGGCAGCGAUAUCGAGUCCGUGCUGAAGACUUACAACUUGAUGUCGUUGAGAUACUUCACCCACGCUUCCCCCACACUAUUUAAUGCCGGUACGCCACAUCCUCAAAUGUCUUCUUGUUUCCUGAUUGCCAUGAAGGACGACUCCAUUGAAGGUAUUUACGACACUUUGAAAGAGUGUGCCAUGAUUUCCAAGACUGCAGGUGGUGUUGGUCUUCAUAUCAACAAUAUUCGUUCCACAGGCUCUUAUAUUGCAGGUACCAACGGUACUUCAAACGGGUUGAUUCCCAUGAUCCGUGUCUUCAACAACACUGCACGUUACGUGGACCAAGGUGGUAACAAGAGACCCGGUGCCUUUGCCCUUUUCUUGGAGCCAUGGCAUGCAGACAUCUUCGACUUUGUCGAUAUCAGAAAGACUCAUGGUAAGGAAGAAAUUCGUGCAAGAGAUUUGUUCCCUGCUCUAUGGAUUCCCGAUCUUUUCAUGAAGCGUGUCGAAGAGGAUGGGGCCUGGACCUUAUUCUCACCAAGUGCUGCCCCAGGUUUGGACGACGUUUGGGGUGAAGAAUUCGAAGAGCUAUAUACCCGUUACGAAAGAGAAGGUCGUGGUAAAACCAUCAAGGCUCAAAAGGUAUGGUACGCCAUCUUGCAAGCACAAACAGAAACCGGUACACCCUUCAUGGUUUAUAAGGAUGCCUGUAACAGAAAGACCAACCAACAAAACCUGGGUACCAUCAAAUCGUCAAACUUGUGUUGCGAAAUCGUCGAGUAUUCUUCCCCAGAUGAAACUGCUGUUUGUAAUUUAGCUUCCAUUGCUCUACCAGCAUUCGUUGAGACUUCGGAAGAUGGUAAAACGGCGACCUACAAUUUCCAAAGUUUACAUGACAUUGCUAAAGUCAUCACUCAUAACUUGAAUAGAGUCAUCGACCGUAACUAUUAUCCAGUGCCAGAGGCUAGAAACUCUAACAUGAAACAUAGACCUAUUGCCCUGGGGGUUCAAGGUUUGGCCGAUACUUAUAUGAUGCUGCGUUUACCAUUUGAAUGUGAAAAAGCUCAAAUACUUAAUAAACAAAUUUUCGAAACUAUUUACCAUGCUACCCUUGAAGCUUCUUGUGAGUUAGCUCAAAAGGAAGGUAAAUAUUCCACUUUUGAAGGCUCUCCUGCCUCUAAGGGUAUUUUACAGUUCGACAUGUGGAAUGCUAAGCCAUUUGGCAUGUGGGAUUGGGACACUUUGAAGAAGGACAUUGUGAAACAUGGGUUAAGAAACUCUUUAACCAUGGCCCCAAUGCCAACCGCUUCAACAUCCCAAAUUCUUGGGUACAAUGAGUGUUUCGAACCAGUCACUUCAAACAUGUACUCUCGUCGUGUCUUAUCUGGUGAAUUCCAAGUCGUCAAUCCAUACUUACUACGUGAUUUAGUCGAUCUGGGCAUUUGGGAUGAUAGUAUGAAACAAUAUUUGAUUACUCAAAAUGGUUCCAUUAAAGAUUUACCAAACGUUCCUCAAGAUUUGAAAGAUCUAUAUAAAACUGUCUGGGAAAUCUCUCAAAAGACUAUUAUCAACAUGGCUGCUGAUCGUUCCAUUUACAUUGAUCAAUCCCACUCCUUGAAUUUGUUCCUACAAUCACCAUCAAUGGGUAAAAUUACAAGUAUGCAUUUCUACGGUUGGAAGAAGGGUUUGAAGACGGGUAUGUACUACUUGAGAACACAAGCCGCUUCUGCAGCCAUUCAAUUUACCAUUGAUCAAGAUGUUGCCGAUCAAGCCGCUACACAUGUUGCAUCCACUGCAGAAUUGAAUCGUCCCGUUUAUAUCCCAACUGGUACCAAAUUCUCCGAUAAGGAGGCCGCAGAAGCAACUACUGAAACCUUGGAUAAUGACAAGGAAACAUCUCCCGUUCCAUCUGAACCAUCUUCUGUCUCUAGUGGUAUGUCGAACAUGAAACUGGAAGACGGAGCUUGCCCUUCAGUUCCAACAGAAAACAUCAAAGAGGAUUCUGGAGACAAAAAAUGUGACAUAUAUAAUGAAAAAGUGAUUGCUUGCAGUGCCCCCACACCAGAAGCCUGUGAAUCAUGUUCCGGUUAA